AUGUUCAUGGUUGUGGCUACCAGCGGCUUCAGCUUGUCACGUUGCUCGGUCAAAACGGCCGACGGCUCAUGGUCCAUGGCCAAAUUCCUUCCAAACAUCAUCGCCCUUGCUUGCCUUGCCUGGGUCUUUCCCAAGAAGGUUCGAGCGGCAUGCUUGCCGGAUGCCAUCCCUGAAAGUCAGAGGAGGCAUCUUUCAGAGAAAGACGGGACGCCCUACCCCGUGGGUGUUUGGAUUGGAGAGUGGGCUUCUGGCUACAUCACGGCCAGCAUCAUUCGCAUCAUCAUCGAAGAGCGAAUGGGCUACCACGCGAACUACUCUGGCUCGCCGGCCGUUGCCGACGCUCUCUAUGCCCUGGCAGGCUGCUCGCAGCCGAAGAACGAGAGCGACCGAGGGUGUGGCCCGAGCCCUACCUUGCAUCAUCUUGCAGUGGAGUACUGGGCUGACACUUACCGUACAGAAUACCUUCAGCUCCAACUGGAACGCCCGACGUUAGCACCGGUGGAGAUUGACUUCAUGGGCUACAUUGGCCAGGUAGGCCAUUUCAUUCGCAGGGAGACCCAAGAACAGGCCUUCAACCAGGACGGCGUCGCACUGGAAUUUUAUCGGGGGUGGAACGCUUCUUGGCACCAGCCAAGCAAGUACUUUGACAGCCUUGCCUCGAUUGACCGGAACCAAGUUGAUCUCUGCUCUAACUCGCUGCUCAUGAUGACAUCUCGAAUGGAAGACUACCUACGGGUUACAGGCGAUGAAGCCGGAGUUGAGAGGCUUCCGAACGGGAAUCUCGUUGCAAUGUGUGCAGACGGGCAUUUCUGGCUGGCCCCAAAGUGUAGGGCGGCCAACUCCACGUGCGUGCCAUACCUCACUGGCGGCUCAGGCUGGCGCAUGGAUGAGGUCAUGGUGAAAGCCACGUCGUUUAGCAUGCCUCUAGCAUUGGGAUCCGCCAAAGUGUACGAGGUCCUGCUGCGCCAGACAAACAGUGUCUUUUUCUGGUGGACGCCGGACGUGACGUUCGUGGACAUGAUGCCGGUCGCAGUCGCGUUCCCAGAUUUUGACUUCAACGCUUGGCAAGCUGGAGACAAGCGGACAAGCCCCGCUUCAAAUAGGCUGUCAAAGCUCGUCAGCCAGGACCUGUCAGAUCUUGCACCUGACAUCGCGGCUGGGCUGGCACUUCCGGUGGAGUUGGUGGAGAACAUGCGACUCAGCAUACAGGACGUGAACGACAUGCUGCAGCAGGUUCAGGCGGGCGACAGCUACGAGGCAGUAGCCUGUCGUUGGCUCCAGCAGAAUCCAGGAUCUUGGGAGAGUUGGGCUCCAGACAAAAGCCGGUGCUUCGCGGGAUUCGGCCUUUACAGUGCUGGCUCCAUGGACUUUGUGCUCGACCGAAGCAACCCGGUUCUCCUGGAGUGCAAGCCAUGCCGCUCCGGGAGCUAUUCCUCGCGACUGGAUGACGCAAGUGGCACUACGCAUGUUUGCCUCCCGUGCCAGCCUGGUACCAGCCAGCCGUCAGGAGCCGCAGAAUUCUGCGAGCCUUGCCCGUUGGGCGAGUUCCAAAACAAUUCCGGCACCGAGAGCUGCGUGCGAUGCCCCAUUGGGGAGUACCAGAACCAGAAAGGCUCAAGCAGUUGUGUCAGAUGCCCUGCUCGCUCAUCCACACUCGGCUUGGGCUCACAAUCAUACUCGGACUGCGGCUGCUUGCCAGGCUACAUCGACGUGGGCCCCAGCAGCUUGAGCUGCGCAGAGUGCAGCGAAGGUCUCGAGUGCCCUGCACUCUCCAAGCUCUCUGACCUCCUGGCAGGCUCCACAGCUUUGGGCGAGGAUUUUCUACCGCAGAUCACGCCUGGCUGUUACAGCACAAGGCAGAAGCCGCUGGAAGUCUUCCGCUGCAAGGACACAGAUCGCUGUCCCGGCGGCCCACCAGGCACUUGCACUGACACGUUGGGGAGCGUGGCGUGUACUACGUGCCCAGAUGGCCACUUUUGGACUGGCACGCACAGCCAGCGAUGCUCAGCUUGGAUGCGCGGUGGGUGGGUCCUGGGCAUUCUGCUCGCUUUCAUGCUUCUAUCGCUUGCGUACUAUGCGAUGGCGAAGAUGUCAUCAAGAACCAACAAGGCCACGCCUGCGUAUGCAACAACGUCAGCUUUCUCCAUUACGGCAUCCAUGGUGCAAACACUUGGUGUCGUGAGCAUGAUGACCGUCAAAGUACCUGCGCAGCUCCAGGGCAUUGUUGGACUGCGAGAAAUCGUUGUAUUGAACUUGGAGAACCUGGCGCUGGGUUGUCUUAUUGGCAACGAGUCCUUAGUCCACUAUUUUCUUUCCGCCUCAUUCUUCCCAUCGGCUGUUUGUUGGCUCGCGCUGUGCCACUUUGUGUCAAAGACUCUGCCAUGGAAGUAUCGGUGGACGACCCACAAGACCAGGAAUAUGGUGGGCAAGGUGCUUCAAACCGGCUUCGAGACAAUGAGCGCGAUUUCCCUGGUGCCUUUGACGUGCUAUCGCCACCCGAAUGGAACCUACUCCGUGCUGCAGUACCCGGGUGUCUUCUGCGGCUCUGGUGAGCAUGCAGCCGGGCACCCAGCGAUGCUCGCAGUUGGCGUCCUGUUGCUGUUGGUUGGGGUUGUGGGCUUCAUCUCGGUCUGUAUCUACAUUGUGAACGCUGCCCCAAGAUGGGCUGCUCGCAAUGAGCAGCACCGCCUAGAUUCCGCCCAGUUCCUCGUUGACCAGUUCCGAUUGGAAAGCUCUUGGUAUCAGGUUCCGAUGCUGCUGCGAGGCCCCCUGCUGUCCCUGACGAUCGUCCUUACCACAGACCAUCCCCCCAGUCAAGUGAUUUCUCUGACCAUGACCCUGGCUGCUUUUGUGACCCUUGUAUCAUGGGCCCGGCCCUGGAAGCUUCCCCUGUUGAAUCUGGCGGACGGCCUGUUGUCGCUAAGCAUGUUGAUGCUCGUGGCAGCAUCCGCCCUCCACCUGGGUGUGCUGGACGUUUCGAUGCGGGACUUCGUAGAUACAGUCUCCGUCGUCAUGUGGGCAAGCUUGGGCAUGACGAUGAUCCUGCUUUUGCUGGCGACAGCCAGCGGGCUGUGCUACCGCGCUCUGGGCGGCCAGCGAGAAGUUUGCUGCUUCAACCUGCAAACCUUGCCUCUGAGCCAGCCACUGGCCACGGAGUUGCGAGCGAUUGCGCUUGAACUUGCGCAAAUGGACCAAGAGACCAUGUGCAACAGCAUCGCCUGUUUGGCUGUGUACGACGUCAGGUUGUUGAUGAAGUGCAUGAGCCUCCUCGCCACAGAGGUCGUGCCCGAUGCAGAGAGUCGCGUCUCGCAACGCAAGACAGGCGCGGCCCAUCUGGGCGAGAUCACGGAGCUCUCCGAGAAGGAGAUCGCGGAGCCCUCCAAAGCAGAAGGCUCCUCGCAAGAUCAGUCACUGGCAAACUUGGAGUCAGACGAUGAGAUGACGCAGAAGUAUCUUUAA